ACAUCUCUCUCUCGUCCUCUCUUUUUUAGUCUCUCUCUCCAGUAUCUACUAAACUAAACUAAACUAAACUAAAAUCCCUGCUUUUAGUUCUACAACUUUCACACAUACCUCAAAAGAAGCACCCUUUUCCUUCUCUCUCCAGUACUUUUUCGUCUUUCCAUUUGGUUUUUGGGCUGUGUCCAGGUCUCUCUUUUGUGGGUUUCUUUGGGAUUGUUCUAGUCGUUUGAAUGGAUUUGGAGGAUUGAGGAUUCCAUACUGGGGAGUAUCGAUGGCUACCCUGUUGCUUUUUUUCCUCCUAGCAGUCUCUGUGGUUUCUGCUGAUGAAGUGUGUUGCAUUUUGUAGAUGCCUUCCUUGGAGUAAAUAUUGGUACGGACCUGUCUGACAUGCCAAGCCCAACUCAGGUGGUGGCCCUUCUUAAAGCUCAGAAUAUUCGACAUAUUAGGCUCUAUGAUGCGGAUCGAGCCAUUCUACUCGCACUUGCCAACACAGGCAUCCAGGUGACUGUUUCUGUUCCCAAUGACCAGCUCCUUGGGAUUGGUCAGUCCAAUGCCACAGCAGCCAACUGGAUUGCUCGCAAUGUAAUAGCCCAUGUUCCUGCCACCAACAUUACCGCGAUAGCUGUUGGAUCUGAAGUCCUAACAGCCCUGCCAAAUGCUGCUCCAGUCCUAGUCUCUGCAUUAAAGUUCAUCCAAUCUGCCCUUGUUGCAUCUAAUCUUGAUCACCAAAUCAAAGUCUCCACGCCACACUCGUCUUCCAUUAUCCUCGACUCCUUCCCACCUUCACAAGCCUUCUUUAACCGCUCAUGGGAUCCAGUCAUGGUUCCCUUGCUCAAAUUUUUGCAGUCUACAGGAUCUUACCUUAUGCUUAAUGUAUAUCCAUAUUAUGAUUACAUGCAAUCCAAUGGAGUGAUCCCAUUGGACUAUGCGCUAUUCCGCCCCCUUCCUCCCAACAAGGAAGCUGUGGAUGCUAAUACGCUCCUGCAUUACACUAAUGUCUUUGAUGCAGUUGUUGAUGCAGCUUAUUUUGCAAUGUCCUAUCUGAAUGUCACCAAUGUCCCCAUUGUAGUUACUGAGUCAGGCUGGCCCUCCAAGGGUGACUCAUCUGAGCCAGAUGCAACACUUGAAAAUGGUAACACUUACAACAGUAACUUGAUCAAACAUGUGCUUAACAACACAGGAACUCCGAAGCAUCCUGGGAUUGCAGUUAGUACAUACAUUUAUGAGCUUUAUAAUGAGGAUUUGAGACCUGGGUCAGUCUCUGAAAAGAAUUGGGGGCUUUUCAAUGCUAAUGGAGUGCCGGUUUAUAUCUUGCACUUGACUGGUGCGGGGACUGUUUUGGCUAAUGACACCACGAAUCAAACCUUCUGUGUUGCAAAGAGUGGUGCUGAUCCAAAGAUGCUACAGGCAGCACUAGAUUGGGCUUGUGGACCAGGGAAGGUAGACUGCUCACCUUUGUUGCAGGGGCAACCAUGUUAUGAACCUAAUAAUGUGGUGUCACAUGCAACAUAUGCUUUCAAUGCAUACUUUCAGCAGAUGGCUAAAUCUUCUGGGACCUGUGAUUUUAAAGGGGUGGCUACCAUCACUACAACAGAUCCAAGUCGUGGUUCUUGUAUAUUUCCCGGAAGUGCUGGAAAAAAUGGCACUGUUGUAAAUGGUACUUCACUGGCUCCAUCUUCAAAUUCCACAAGUUCUGGCUGCUUCUCACUCUAUCCCCAUGGUGAUGGUUCUUUCACAAGCUCUGUGAUCGUAGGUAUUUUACUUUUGAGUGCAGUUUUAUUCUGAAAACUACGAACACGUUUGUUUGCGACGCUUCUUUUUUUGACAAAUGUUGGAUUUGUUCGAGACAUGCGCGUUUGCAUCUGUUGAAAAAAUUGCAGCAUACCCAGUUUUGUUCCUCUGGAAGAGGAUUUGAAGGGGUGUGGCAAGGUGUAACGCAUACAUAGCCGGCAAGUAGUUGAUGGUGAGUUGUCUAUUGGAUUUUGUACAAACCCGCCAUCCACCAUUGUUGUAUUCUUUGAACCCAGAUUUGUGACGAACGCAUUUGAAACCCUGGUUUAAUGAUGUUCAUUUGGUCCCUCAAAUUGGGAUA